AGGUUAAUCAGAAAAUCGGCGUCAUUUGCAUCAUUGUUCGUUAAGAUCACGGGUAUUAGCUGCGCAAAAAAAUGUCCGGCAACGAACGCACAUCAAUGCCCGAAAGCCCGUUUCGAACAGGAACACCGUCAAGGAUGCCAUCGGCGUUCGGUGAGAAGACCUAUGUCAGCAAAGAAGAACAUGAAAAAGAACGGAGCAGAUGGCUUGGGAAAAUGGAAGAAGUUGAAAAAAGAUUGAUGGAUGCGGAAACUUUGAAUUCUUCGUUGACAAUUAACAAAGCUGAAUUGAAAAAGAAAAUAGUUGAUAUGGAAAAGGGACAACGCCCGAUGAUUGAUGCCAACAGAAAACUUUCUGAUCGAAACAAGGUUCUUCAGCAAGAAGUGAAAAAAGUCGAGCAACGAUUCAGUCAUAGUCGUGAUGAUUUUCUUACUUUGAAAGACAUUCACGAACGGCUUCUCAAAGAAAACGCGUGUCUCAAGGAAAAACGUGUUUCUCCAGAAAAACUCGAAGAACUCAGUCGCUAUCGAAACAAAGUCUUGGAGUACUCGAAAUGUAUCACGGCCCUCCGCAGUUCAGCUUAUGAAAAGGACAAACGGUAUGAGAUGCUGGUGCAGAAAUUUAAGCGUUUGCAGAAAUGUCUUAAGAAAAGUGAAAACGACGAUGACAGAAUGAGCAAUGGUGGAAGCGAUUGUUCAGCAGCCAGCACAGUCAGCCUUGAUACGAUUACAGAGGAUUUCGAAGAGGUUUUUGCCAAGGAUAUUGAAACCGACUAUCAAGCGUUGUAUAGGGAAAACGCCGAGCUGCAAAGGGCAUUGAAUGAACUACAACUAAACACUUCUGAUCUAAGCGAGGAAAGUUUCUUGCGAGACCAGAUCAGCUUUGCCAAUUCGACAAUCGAACAACAACAACUUGUCAUCGACGCAACACAGGAUAUGAUGUCCCAAACUGCUCAACUCAAAUCGACCAUUGCUGGUCAACAAGAACAUAUUCGAAGCUUAGAAACAACUGUUGAUGACCUCAAACAGCAAAUUGCAUCUCAAACUGAAAGAAAUGAUGUGCUCGAGUUUCAAGUGCUCGAAAUGGAAGAAAAUCAAAAACAACAGGAUACAAUUGCUGCGAAACAAUCAACGUUUGAAUCAGAAAAAACUCAAUUGCUCAAAGAACUUGAUGAAGUGAAGAAAGCACAUGCGAAUCAACUUAAGAGCAUUGCAUUAAUCAAAAAGGAAUUGGAGGAUCACAAGGCUGCUGCUCCAUCGGUUAAACCAACAUUAUCAGAAUCAGAACAAGUCGACGCAUUACAACAAAAAUUUGAGAAAGCUGAAGCCGCUAAUGUUAGCAUUAAUGAAGAACUCAGAUCAGCUUCAAAGGAACUGGGCAAAAUAAGAUUUCAGAUGCAAGGAAAAGAAAGUGAUUUAAGCAGAGAACGAAAAAUGACCGAAGCUUUAAGCGCUCAAUUACAAUCCGUUGUAUCGUCGUCACAAGAAGAAGCUUUGAAAAAAGAAGAAGAACUUAAAAAGCUAAAAGCCACAGUGGAACUGCAACAAGCGGAAAUUGAGAAAAUGCAUGAAGAUAAGAAGGAAGCUGAUCAAAAGUUCAAAAAUCUUGAGAAAGAAUAUGCAGCAUACAGAGAUGAACAACGGCCUGAAAUAAAAACAGAGUUAGAGAGAAGAUACGAAGAAGCAAAAUACAGACUUAAAAAUGCCCUCGAAAAAAUUCAUGAUUACGAGCUACUGUACGAAGCUGCAAAGAAGUCAGAAAAUGAUGGAUCUAUUUCAAAACAUUUGGAAGAGGAACUUAUUGAGGUGAAAGAAUUCAAUGCUCAUUUGGAACGUCAGUUCCAGUCUCAAUCAGAUAUUAUUGAAGCCUUGAAAAAGAAGCUGCUCCAACACAGAUCAUUUUGUGAUAAGAUCAAUAAGUUGUCAGAACUUGAAGAUGCUAGCAGAAUUCAGGAAGAACUAGUAAUGUUCUCAAGAGAGAAUAAUUGCGACGAAGGGAAGAUUGCUGCAAAUAUCGCACUCAUAAUCAAGGAUAUCCGCAAGAACACAUUCUACUCACCAUUGGAAAUCUCCACCGCCCAUCAUAAGAUUCGCCCAUACAGCUCGGUAGACUCAUCUGCGGAGUGGCAGUCAAACAGCAGUGAAGGUAUCGUCUCACCAGACGAGCAUGACGAAUAGACAAUUUUGAUAUCCAAUAUGUGCAAUUUCUAAUUUAUGACACCUCCUUCUCCUCCUCAUCCCACAUCUUUCAUUGAAUUCCAUUUACUUUUCUUUUUGGAAAUAUUAUCAAUUUUUCGAUUAUGAUUCUAAAAUAUUUUCAACUCCCGAGAGUUUUUUUUCUUAAGUUCUAUUUUCACCAAUAUCGGGAAGCAUUUAUUGGAAUGCAGCAACUCACUUAUUCAUACUUUUAUUGCUUAACUUUGUAUUUGUAUAAUUUGAAAACGAACAUUGAAUAAAAAUACAAAUUCAAAAUUUG